AUGGGGUUCGAGUCGUGGAGCGACCUUGAGGUGUUCCUGAAGCAGUAUGAAGCUGAGACUUACCAGAACUUUCGCGUCCGGAAAAACAACAAGGUUGCUGACAGGAACAAAAAGAUUUUAGCGUUUGGUUCUAAAGCGCCGUUGGUACCAGAAGUAUCGUAUCACUACCCAAGGACGUUCAUUUGUACACGCGGGAGAAAGUACAAACCUAAAGUCAAAGGCAAGAGGAAGAGACAACAUUCUAGGUCUCUACAGUGUAGUGCACAGAUCCAUGCCUGCGUGCAAGUGGUGGAUCCUUCCGGUUUGAAGUUUGCUUUGAAGCUCACGUCGGUGCAAUUGGAACACAAUCAUCCGUUAGCGAAGCACACGUAUAACCUAUACCCGCAGACGAGAAUGGCGUACGAACCGGAUGUGCUUGCUAUGGUGGACGAGCUCCGAAAGGUUGGGGCCAAGAAGAAGAUUAUAUUAGCGUAUAUCCACGACCACUCCGUGUGCAAGCCAACGAGGAAAGAUGUCCACAACCUCGUCGACAAGCUCAAGAAAGAAGCUCAUUCAGCUCCGACUAGGGCGAAGAGGCUGAAACGAUGGAUGAUCGAGUUCACAGAGGAACCAGGCAACAUUGGUCGCAUCUUUGUCGAUAAAGUGCAAGACAAGUUAUGUUAUCUCUGCUUUUGCUGUCGUUAA